UCCUCCUCCUCUUCCAAGUGAGAUGGAUCCUCAGGAUUGCACCUGCACCACUGGUGGCUCUUGCUCCUGUGCUGGUUCCUGCAAAUGCAAAAACUGCAAAUGUACUUCAUGUAAAAAAAGCUGCUGUUCCUGUUGCCCAGUGAGCUGCAGCAACUGUGCCAAGGGCUGCAUCUGCAAAGAGCGGUCAUCUGAUAAAUGCAGCUGUUGCCACUAAAAAUGCAGUUUUCUGUCCUCUGUAAAUAUUCUCUACGAGCAAGACCAUUUUCAGAACACAAUGAAUAUUUUGUAACUGUAUUUUUCAUGCAGAUGAAAGGAAAA